AUGAAACAAUACAAUUUUUCAAACACAAAUAAAGUAGAAAUCAAUGAAAUAAUUAAUAUUUCCUGGGAGUUAAAUGAAGGAAUUCACAUUUAUUCGUUUUAUGUUGUAGAUUCGAACAAUACUGAAUCCAAUGUUUUGAAUAUCUCUGUUAAUUAUAUUUAUAUUCGUCCAAUUCUAACAUUAAUUACAAAAGAAAAUCAGCAAUUUAUCAAGAAUGGUGGAAAGUUAUUUAUUAACCUAACUAUUUGGGAAGCGUAUGAAUCUGUACAUAUUACAAUAUAUUAUUCAAUUGACGAUCGUGCUAAAUCUCAAUAUCAUCAAGGCGAUUUCCAAAAUACACAUGGAUUAAUUAUUCCUGACUAUAUUAAAUUUCCUGAUGAUCUUUCAGAAAGUGAAAAUCAUAAAAUCACUAUUUGGGCAACAGAUCAGUAUGAUGUUAAUUCAACUAUCUACAGCUUUAAUUUCAGUUAUAAAUACAAUCCUCCAGAACUAACAAUCACUACAGAAGACAAUCAACAAUUCAAGAAGAAUGAUGAAAAAAGUCUCAUUAUCAGAGGAAAUUUACGAGAUAAAGAUGGUGAAGGUCCAGUAUCUCUUUUCUAUCAGAUUGAAGGAUACAGUUCAGUUCGGAUUAAAAACUACACUAUUAGAUCUGAAUCAUUUUUUGAAAUAAGCCAAAAAGUUAAUUUCCCAUACGAUCUUUCAGAGAAAACAAAUUAUGCAAUUAACAUUUGGGCAAGUGAUGAAUUAAACAAAAACUCAUCAAUCACAACGCUACAUUUCUCAUAUGCAUUUAACGAUCCUGAACUAACAAUCAGCAAAUCCAUAAAAUUGAUGGAAAGAAUCUUAAUAUUCUUGGAUAUAUCAUGGAUAAAGAUGGAAAUGGAACAGUCUCAUUAA